AUGCAUUGGAUUCAGCCGAUAAUUUCGCUUUGCUUAGCAGCUGCAGUCGCCCAAUCGACCGAAGGUAUCUCCAAGCUUGUGAGCCGACGGCUACCUGAUCACACGGAGAGCUUUCAGUUCAUUGUAGAUACCAGUAUAGCUGGCAGUCAUGAUGCUUAUUCUGUGGAAAAUGCCCCAAACAGCACAAUCCUGGUCAGGGGCAACUCCCUAAGCGCUUUAUCUUCCGGACUCCAUCGAUAUCUUACAGAUAUUGCCCAUGUUGACAUAUACUGGUUCAUUGGGAGCCGGUUAGAUGUCGCACCAUCUGAACUGCCUCGCUUGAAUGCGUCGAUGCACGGAUCAAGUACAGUUCCUUGGAGGUAUCACUUCAAUACAGUUACAUUCUCUUACACUACUGCCUUUUGGACAUGGGAGGACUGGGAGCUACAACUUGACUGGAUGGCUCUGCGUGGCAUUAACCUACCUCUUGCUUGGGUAGGCCAGGAGAAGAUCAUCGUGGAAGUUUUCCGCGAGAUCGGGCUCACUGACUCCGAGAUUGGUACUUUCCUGAGUGGGCCAGCAUUCCAAGCAUGGAAUCGGUUCGGUAAUAUCCAAGGGUCCUGGCAUGGUGAUCUUCCAGAUUCAUGGAUCGACGAUCAGUUCGAUUUGCAGAAGAAGAUUGUUCGUCGCAUGGUGGAACUUGGAAUGACCCCGGUCCUUCCGUCUUUCACUGGAUUUGUUCCCUCUGAUAUCACUCGCGUUUUGCCAAAUGCGAAUGUUGUUCGAGGAUCGCGUUGGGGAGGCUUCCCACUUCAAUACACAAACGUUACAUUCCUGGAGCCGUUCGAUCAAAACUUCGCAGAUCUACAAAAACGAUUCAUUAGCAAACAGCAGGAUGCCUAUGGGAACAUCAGCCAUAUUUACACUCUCGAUCAGUACAACGAGAACGACCCUUAUUCUGGUGACCUGGAUUACUUGCAAAAUGUCACUCGAAACACCUGGCAGAGCUUGAAAGAUGCCGAUCCCCAGGCCAUAUGGAUGAUGCAAGGCUGGCUCUUUUAUGCAAACUCUGCUUUCUGGACAGAUGAACGAGUCGAAGCAUACCUAUCAGGCGUGGAAUCAAAUGAAGACAUGUUGAUUUUGGAUCUAUUCUCGGAAUCUAUCCCCCAGUGGAAACGGACGAGUUCUUAUUACGGCAAGCCUUGGAUUUGGUGCGAGCUACACAACUUUGGUGGUAACAUGGGUCUAUAUGGGCAGAUACAAAAUCUGACUAUAAAUGCUACCCAAGCCCGGAUCGAGUCCCCGUCGAUGGUUGGAUACGGUCUAACUAUGGAGGGCCAAGAAGGAAACGAAAUCAUUUACGACUUGCUCCUUGAUCAGGCAUGGUCCGAGUCCCCACUGGAUACGCAUCAAUACUUUAAAAAUUGGGUUAGAAGCCGAUAUUCUGGUCAAAGUAAAGUUCCAAAUGGUCUUUACGUGGCCUGGGAUCUGAUGCGACAAACCGUCUACAAUAACACCAAUCUAACGACCUUGGCUGUGGCCAAGUCCAUUGCAGAUAUUGAGCCCAGGCUUUGGAAUUUGGCUGAUGUGAUCGGCACGCAUGGCACUACUGUCAACUAUGAUCCUUCAGUUCUGGUACAGGCAUGGCGUUCCCUUUACCAAGCAGCAAGCGAAGAGCCAGAACUAUGGUCUAACCCAGCUUAUCAACACGAUCUAGUUGAUGUCACGCGUCAAGUGAUGGACAACGAGUUUAUCACUUUGUACUCGAAUCUAGUGAAGUCUUACAACGAAUCUCACUCCGCCGAACCCAGUUUCGCUCGACAAGGAGACAACCUCGUUCAACUUCUGACGGAUUUGGAUGCCGUUCUUCUCACCAAUCGCAUCUUCCGUUUUUCGACCUGGAUAGAUUCCGCGCGGGCUUGGGCCCAUGAAAACAGAACCGAGGAAGCGUAUUUCGAGUACAAUGCGCGCAAUCAGGUCACUCUGUGGGGACCGAAUGGGGAGAUUUCGGACUAUGCUUCCAAACAGUGGGGAGGACUUAUGUCCUCGUACUAUGUUCCACGUUGGCGUAUGUUCGUCGAUUACCUAAAGUCAACACCUACGUCGUCGUAUAAUGCCACCAAGCUUCAUACAAAGCUGCGAGGGUUUGAGAACCAGUGGCAGGAUGAGACAUGGACCACUCCUGAGCCUACCGGGGAAAAUGUGGACCUGAAAAAGGUUCUGGAGCGAGUUUUGCACAAUUGGCCAUCUAUUUUUGGUCUAAAUUAA